AUGUCGUUCUUUGUCAAGUUCUUGAUCGGUGGAGCACUGGGCGGCGGGCUCACGGCGUACUACCAGGACGAGAUCCGCCGCACGACAGAGUCCCUCUCGACCGACUUGCACCGCCUGUCGGACGAGCUGGUCCGCUCAGCGCCCAACCCGGCUGCUCAGACGACUUCGCCCGCUCAGGGUCCGGUCAUCCCGCAGCGGCUGCCGUUCACCGAGGAGCUCAAGGCUCGCUGGAACGAGCAACUCGGCACUGCCUUCCACGCCGCCCAAACCGCCGACUGGUUCUCCCUCGCCUCGCGAACAUACCGCCAAGUCCAAUCCUCCCUCUCUUCCCUUUCGACUCCCGCCCCUCAACCUGCUUCUCCGUCAGAACCGGCCGUCCCUAUCGACUUUACGCCUGCUGGAGCGGUCACGGCUGUGGGGGGUGCGGAACCGAGGCCCGCGAGCGUUGUCAAGGUGGACAAGCGGUUGGUGUAG